GAGAGAGAGAAAAGCAGGCAAUUGGAAACUUGGGAUAGUAGGCGAGGCGAUAAAAUAUUAAAGCCAAAGCUCAAUAGGCAAUAACACAUCCAGUCACUAAUCACCCUCCAACUCCAAGCACUUCAAGCCAGGGAAAACCCCGGUUGCCCUUUCCUUCUAAUUUCUGCUCUCUGUCUUUCCCUUUUUCUCUUCAUUAAUUCGUUUUAUUUUAUUUCUCGUGUUCGACCCACCAGCAGUUUGGAACACGUCAACCCAUCCUCCUCACGUACCUAUUCUUCUAUACAUCUUAAAAAGCGAAAAAUUAGAGAACCCAAAACCACCUUCAAAAAACCACUCUCGAAUCUCCCCCAUCCCUGUACCACCCCAUCACCCUUCCAAAAAGCGGUUUUCUGCUCGCUCAUCUUUCUUCCCGUACGUGAGCAUCUCAAAGCGGGUUUAUUUGGUCGCACGGGGACCCCUUUUGUUGGUGGUUCAUGGUUGUCUCUAUUUUGGGAUUAUCUUGAAAGGAAAGAAACGACGUCGGAAGGGACGACGACGACGAAGACGACGACUAGGACUCAUUCAGAGAAGAAGGGAGAUAGGGUUGAUCGAGGGGGCAAAGGUACAUACAUACACGUGAAGGGCUGCGAUGGAAUCAGAAAGGAUGGCGGACACGGAGAUGAUGGCGAUGGUGAGGUGGGGUACAUGGGAGGAGCUCGUCCUCGGGGGCGCCGUUCUCCGGCACGGGACCCAAGACUGGGAAGCCGUUGCUGCAGAGCUCCAAGCUCGGACCCUCUAUCCCUAUUGUUUCACCGCCGAGGUUUGUAAAGCCAAAUACGAGGACUUACAAGAGCGUUAUUAUGGCUGCACAGGUUGGUUCGAAGAACUUCGAAAGCAACGCGUUGCCGAAUUGAAGCGAGAGUUGGAGAAAUCCGAAGACUCGAUUGGUUCUCUGGAAUCAAAGCUUAAAAGCCUGAAAGCCGAGAGACGAGAAGAUCGCCACACCGACUAUGACUCCAGUCGGACAGAAUCACCGGUGACGUUGGGAAACUCAGUGGGAGUCGAAUUCUCGGGCAAAGAAACGUCAUCCAAGGACGGAUUAUCCGUGGGUAGCUUCACAGAAGAAACCCCUACAAAUUGGUCUCUUGAACGCAAGGACCCAACUGUCGUGUCAGCUCAAGAGGCUGAUGACGUGAACCCAGUGUCAUUCGAGGACUCGGAGAGAGACCGGAAGAAGAACACCGUCGACAAACCCGAGAUCACCGUUGGAGCUGACCGAGGGGGGAACUUGAGAAAGAGGAGAGGGAAGAGGAAGAGGAAGGAAUGUGGCGGUGGUAGCAAGGAUGUCAAGGAAGGCAGCGUUGGGGAGAGUGACGUAUUGAGCUCCGCCGAUGCUGCGGCUGUUGCAGUUCCGGAUAAGGAAGAAUCGACGAGAGACUGCAACCGGUGCGUCAGAUCAACCUACGACGGGGCGGAUGUUGCUGACCUCAUUGGAAUCUUUAACUCCAUUGUGGAGAAUGAUUGUGCUUCAACGUUUCGACGCCGACUCGACAGCCAGAGGCGAUCGAGGUACAAGAGAACUGUCCGGCGACACCUAGAUUUCGACACAAUAAGAUCACGAAUCAUCGAGCGUUCGAUCACGUCGACCAAAGAGCUCUUCCGGGAUUUGCUUCUGCUCGCUAACAACGCUGCGGUCUUUUACCCCAAGAACACACGCCAAUACAAGUCAGCUCUCGCCCUUAGAGAGCUGGCCAAGAUAACAUUCCGGCCAUACCUUAGGGAUUUUGGCAGAGAGCCUAGCAGUUCGGCUUCGGAAGCCCCCGCGCUCCUCGCGGAAGUUCCGACGCUUAACCCACCGGUAAAGCCUCGGAGUGCGCGUCCUUGUAACCGCAAAGGUACCGGAAAAGUCGCGGGUUCAGAAAAACCAAUCGCGGAGGCGACUCCGUCGAGGGAAAGCAAGAAAGCCUCGGAUGCUACUUCUCCGGUGGAAUCGUUAGCGAUGACGAAGAAAGGAGUUGGCCGACCGGCGAAGGUUGGACGUGGAAGUUCUCGAAAACGGACGGAAAAUCUGUCCAAAGGAAGGAAGAGGACCCGCAGAAGUUAACGGCGUCAGGUCCUUUUUCUUAAUUUUUCCAUGUUUUUUGAGUUACCUUUUUUCUCCGGUGUAUAAAUUUCGUAGGAAUACUUGGUAUUAUUUUUUCCUGUAACCCUUUUUUUCACAAGUAGCAAAAAGUUGUAUAGUAACUGGCUUGCUGCCUUACUGCGGGUUAAAAGGACAGAGAAUCGUAUUUCUUUUA